AGGAUAGGUCCGUUUAUAUCGUGUAAGAUGCACGCAUGCCCGGGACGCAUUUUACCCACCUCCCCACCAACCCUCUCUGUCCUCUGUCUUCCGUUCUCGGCCCCACCGUCCCCACCGUCCCACCGUCCCCCACCCACCCAUAACGACUUGCAUCGUGCAAGGUAUCAUGCUUCUUGGUCGCAACCAUUCCGAAGAAAUGCAUUUGAUCUGAAAAGUGUUAAAAAUACGUUAAUGUAAAUUUAAUUAUAUUUAACGUUCGUAUUAAAUUGUCUCGUUGGUUUCGUGAUACGUUUGUGAUAAAGGAGAAAAAAAAAAGAAAAAGAAAAAGGAAAAGAAAAAGAAAAAGAAAAAAGAAAAGAAAAGAAACAAAAAAGGAAGUUAAAAGAGAGACCGAAGAUGCCGGGCAAAGACAAAACAGGAUUCUUAAUGUCGGCUAUAUUAAUUCUUUUAAUUGGCGUUUAUUACGUCAAUGCGAGACACAUUAUAGCAAAGAGAAAUUAUAGCGAUCAGAGUGUCAGAGGAUAUUUAGCAGAGAGAACCUGUUGGUGGAACGAGGUAUGCAAGGAAGAGUUUCAUAGUAAAUUUCGUUGCCGUUGUCCAAGAUGGUCCUAUUGCCGUUCUCCUGGGAGAUAUUACGAUGCACAUUGCAGUAUGACGCGCACAGGUUAUAUUUGGACUCAGCCGGAAACCUCGCUGACUCUGGAAAUCGAUAAGUAACCGGGACAACGCGUAGAUGCAUACGUACAUACGUACAUACGUAUAUACAUACAUACAUACACAGAUGCAUAUGUAAAAUAUCUAUCUAGUCCUGUUUACGUCUAUACUACGUCAAAUCAAAUAUUUCAUUCUCCUACCCUUCAUCUUUCCCCUCAUCAUUCCCCCUCCAAUCCUUCCACCUCCUUCUCCCGUUCUCUCCUCAUCUCUAUCGCCCCUAUCCCAUAUCCCUUUACCCUUUCAUCAUGAGUGACAUCCUACAAAAUUUUUAAUCUAAAUUCUCUUGCAAUUCUCAAUGAUACUUUUAAUACGAAGAAAUCGAUUGAAAUCAAAUCAAAUGAAAUCAAAUGAAAUUUUAGACAUCUUUUGAAUCGUUUUUUUAUAUAGCAUCGGCAUAAGAUGACCAUAAAUUAGUAUUGACUAAUAUAUAUAUAUAUAUAUAUAUAUGUAUAUAUUAUUCAAUAAUUUUUCACGAGUUAUUCAUGCGGCACCCAUGUUGUUAUAUAUAUAUAAACCGAUUGAUAAUAUUCUAGAGACUAUCAAUUGGUAUAUUAAUUAAUUAAUAAUGUUUUAAUCUAAACAUCGAGAGAGAACACGUUUGAGGUGUUACAUUUGACCCCAUUGUCUCUUUACAACGUAUAUUUAUUAUAUUAUGACACCUAAAUUGUUAUAAAUUAUAAGGCACGCGAUUAUUCUUCACUACUGCCAUAAUAUUUCUAAUCAGUAGUAAUAACAGGUACUAUAUUCAUUACAUAGAAGGAAGAAUAUGAGAAAAGGAAGAAAGGAAAAAAGAAC